AUGUUUCUUUCUUCUUCCUCUUUCCAUUCUUAUCGAGCCACCUCCUCCUUUCUCUUCUGCUUUUACCGACUCUUUAAACGCUUUUCCUCGUCCUUCUCUUCUCUCCCACCAUCCUCCCUCGAUCUUUCUUCCUCCUCCUCUUUCGCCUUGUUUUCCUCUUUUUCGUUAUCUUUUACCUUUUCUUUGCUUUCCUCCUCCUCCUCCCCUCUUCCUCUUCUUUUUCCUCUUCCUCUCAUUCUUCUUUUUUAUGUCUCGUCUGUGCUUUCCCCUUACCCCUUUUCCUCCACCUUUUUUCUUUAUCCUCCUCCCCUUUUAUCUCCCCUCUUACUUUUCUGUCUACUUAUCUUCCUCGCUUUUUUCCGUUUUCACCUUCUCUUUCUCGAAAUUCCUCCGCGUCUUUAUUGCUUUCCUCCUCCUGCUCCUCCUCCCCUUUCCUCCUGCUCCUCCUCCCCGUUCCUCCUCCUCCCCCCUUCCCCCUCUUCCUACCCCUUUCCUCCUCCUCCUCCUACUCUCUUAUUAUUCUCCACCCUCCUCUUUCAUCUUGCUUCUUUACUUCCGCUUGCAACUACUCUUUCGUCUUCCUUCUUCAUCCACCCCCCUCUAUAUCAUUUCUCCUUCUUUCUCCUACUCAUCCUCCGACUACAACUUCCGCAAUAA